AUGGGGGAAACUAAAUCUCAAGGGAAGCAAUAUCAGCUCUCGCACAGGAUACCAAUUCGUGGGUACCCAACUACUGGGUCAUUUAAAAACCAUACCACCAUCAGACACCUCAGCCCCUACUAUAGCACAAAGUCCUAUAAGUCAAAUAAGGUUUCCAGUAAAAUGGAAAAACAGAUCCAUCUUUAUGGCCCAGCUGCAGUUUGGUAUUUGUAUUGGACUCAAGUGGGCUCUGCUAUCAAACAGCUCCUGCAGCCUCAUGGUUCUAAAACUUCUGGGUUUAAUACCAAAGCUAGGGAUGAGGUCAGGAAAGCUAAGGCCCAGUUAGAAUUAAAUCUGGCAAGGGGUAUGAAAGAUAAAAGAAAGGGCUUCUAUAGGUAUGUAGCAAACGAAAAACAGACUAGGGAUAAUGCGGGCCCUCUCCAGAAGCUAAUGGGAGAACUGGCUACCCUGGAUUUGGAGAAGGCUGAGGUUCUCAAUGACUUCUUAGCCUCAGUCUUCACUAGUAAAUGCUCAGACCACACCACCCAAGUCUUGGAAGGCAGAUGCAGGUACUGUGAGAAUGAAGAUCUGAGGCUCACUGUAGGAGAGGGUGAGGUUCGAGACCACCUUAAGAACCUGAACGUGCACAAGUCCAUGGGACCUGAUGAAAUCCAUCCACGGGUCCUGAAGGAGCUGGCGAAUGAAGUUGCUAAGCCACUGUCCAUCAUAUUUGAAAAAUCAUGGCAGUCAGGUGAAGUUCCUGAUGACUGGAAAAAGGGAAACAUGACCCCCAUUUUCAAGAAGGGGAAGGUGGAAGACCCUGGGAACUACAGACCAGUCAGUCUCGCCUCUGUGCCUGGCAAAAUCUUGGAGCAGGUUCUCCUGGAAAGCAUGCUGAGGCAUAUGAAAAACAAUGAGGUGGUUGGUGACAGCCAACAUGGCUUCACUAAGGGGAAAUCCUGUCUGACCAAUUUGGUGGCCUUCUAUGAUGUGGCUACAGGACUGAUGGACAGCGGCAGAGCAGCUGACGUCAUCUAUCUGGACUUGUGCAAAGUGUUCGACACUGUCCCGCACAACAUCCUUGUCUCUAAACUGAUGAGACAUAAAUUUGAUGGAUUGACCACUGGCUCAGUGUCCACCUGGAGAUCAGUAACAAGUGGUGUCCCUCAGGGGUCAGCGUCGGGACCGAACUUGCUCAACAUCUUUGUUGGUGACAUGGAGAGUGGGAUUGAAUUCGCCCUCAGCAAGUUUGACAACGGCACCAAGCUGGGUGGCUUGGUUGAUAUGCUGGAGGGAAGGGAUGCCAUCCAGAGGGACCUUGACACGCUUGUGAAGUGGGCCAAUGCCAACCUUAUGAAGUUUAACCAAGCCAAGUGUAAGGUCCUACACUCAGGUCGGGGCAACCCCAGGCACAGCUACAGGCUGGGCAGAGAAGGGAUUCAGAGCAGCCCUGCGGAGAAGGACUUGGGGGUUUUGGCUGAUAAGAAACUGAACAUGAGCCGGCUUCAGUGUGCACUCACAGCCCAGACCAACCGGAUCCUGGGCUGCAUCAAAAGAAGCAUGACCAGCAGGUCAAAGGAGGUGAUCCUGCCCCUCUACUCUGCUCUCAUGAGACCUCAAUUGGAGUGCUGUGUACAGUUCUGGUGUCCUCAACAUAAGGACAUGGAGAUUGUGUAUUAUGAAUCUGGUUUAGAAAGCAAUGUAUUCAUAAAAUCACGAUCAUAUGUUUCUGCCUAG